UUCUAGUCUUUUUUGCGUGCGUAUAUCGCUUAACCGGGCUGGUUGCGAUUAGUGCGGUGUGGUGCAAAGGCUCGUAUUGCUAUUUCUCAUGGCUCUUCCGUUUUCCAGCUGCCUUAUCGUCCCCUUCUUCAUCUUCUUCGUUUUCCCCAAUCUUUCUUGCGCAUUCCCACCGAAUAAUAUUCUUCCAUGCGGUGAUGCUUGUAUUGAAAUAAGACCUCCUUUCUACACAGUCGACGACGCUCCUCCUGAAUGCGGAUGGUGUCAUAUGAUCUCGUGCAAUCACUCCACACUAAUCGUCCAAUUCAAUGGUUUUUGGCCCUCGUAUAUCGUGAAGAAUAUCGACUACGCUCAUCGGUCAAUCAUAAUUCAAGACCAAGAGUUCGGUAAAUACGUGCAGACACCAGACUGCACUUUCCUUUAUAAAUUUGAUCCUCCUAUUAACCUAUCCGAGACUUCAUUCCUUCCUCCAUCUGUAAGCCCCAACCAGUCCCUCUUCAACUGCAGGCCGAAUAAUGGUUAUGAUAUUUGUACCAACAUCUUCCAUGAACUCUAUGAUCGUAAUAUUUGCAGAGGAUACGACCUCUACUUUUCCAGCAAUUACGAGGAUGAAGGAUUUGGUCACAAUAAGUGUUGGGCCGGUCCAAGACCAUCGUUUGGAUGGACAUUGUUAUUCACUGACGAUGUUGACCUUUAUCUACAAUUUGCAGGUUACUACUCAUAUCCAUCGCAGAUUGACUCGGAUUGGCAUUUGGAUUGGGGUUGCUUCAAACAUAAUACUGCAGGAGAUUCCAAGGUCCUUUGCAACAAUCAAUGCCAUGGUAGAUCUCUAAAACCUUAUGUGUUUGCCAAAUUUCGCAGCGUUUUUAGGCAUCUGAAGUAUCAUGCCUCGUGUUGGUUGGUAGCUACUUCCUUCUAAGCAAUAAAAUUUGUCUUACGAAGUUUCAGUUAGAAGUUCCAGGUUUAUAUCUGUGGCAAUUAUGUAGAAAUUAACUUGUAAGUUUUGCAAAAGGAAAAAGGGCAAGUCUAGAAGGAAACGGAUAUUUCUUUACUGAUAAAACUUGCUAAAUUUUUUCAGUUUUGUACUAACCUUUGGUUGUUGAUGCUUUAUUUGA